AUGGUUCCAUUGUAUUGUGGUGUUCCGUUAAGAGUGCCAUUUGUGAUGACGAUGGGGGAGGAUGCCUUGCUGAUUUCUGCCGCGUGGUUGGCUGCCCACGAUGCAGCCGCCGCCGCUGCUGCUGCAGCUGCGGCCGCUGCCGCUGCGCACACGCUACACUCUGAAAACAAAUUGCAAAUUGUACAAUGUUCAGUCCGAAGCUUAACCCCACAGUACCAGGGUAAAAAGUAA